AUUUUUUUUCCUUCUAUUUGUUAUUAGGUGUUGAUCAUUGUGAUCAUCGUCUCCUCUUCACAUACUCAUAAAUACUCUUCUCAGAGAAGAUAAGAGACGAACAAGAGUUUCUUUUGUGUCUGUGACUGUGUCUCCUGUAAUAACGAGCCAUGUCUGAAACUCAGCAGGUUCAGAACUCUACUGGGUCAAUCCCAUCUUCCGACAAAACUGAAGAUACCUUGACGAAGGUGAAAGUUAACGAAGAGAAUACAGAUGAAACAAGUCUGUUUCCUGAUCGUCCUGGUGAGAGAGAUUGCCACUACUUUAUGAGGACUGGCAAGUGUGGCUAUGGAAGCAGCUGCCGUUACAAUCAUCCUGUUUCUCAUGUUCCAGAGGCUGUGUUUUACCACAGAGAGGAACUGCCUGAGAGGGUUGGACAGCCAGACUGUGAGUAUUUUCUCAAGACAGGAGCCUGUAAGUAUGGCGCGGCAUGUAAAUAUAACCACCCAAAGGACAGGAACGGUGCUGGACCGGUGCUGUUUAAUACCCUCGGUUAUCCUAUGCGUCAGGGUGAGAAGUCAUGCCCAUAUUACAUGCAGAAAGGGAUGUGUAGGUUCGGAGUUGCCUGCAAAUUCCAUCAUCCUCAGACUCAUAAUGCCCAACCUACUAGCUUUCCUUUUGGUGGUAGCUUGCCGGUGAUGUCUUUGCCUCCUGCAACAUAUGAAGCUAUGUCACGUCCUCAAGCUCUUCACCCUCAGGCAUAUUCCUUUAUGGUUGCACCUCCUCAAGGCUGGUCUACUUUCAUGGGUGGUUAUGAUAUGAAAACUGAGCUUGACUCCAGUUCUGAAAGAGCUGAAUGUAGGUUUUUUAUGAAAACUGGGACCUGUAAAUAUGGAGAUAGUUGCAAAUACAGUCAUCCAAAAGAAAGGAUGUUACUAUCACCACGACCAAAUCUCUUUAACCCUGUGGUUCUCCCUGCUAGACCAGGACUACCCGCAUGUGGUAACUUCAAGGCCUAUGGGUUUUGCAAGUAUGGAGCAAACUGCAAGUUUGAUCACCCUGUGCCAGUAAACACUUACAACAACACAGGCUCCACCAUGCCUUCCCCCCCUUCUGCUUAUGCUCCACCGGUUUCAACUCCUGUGAGGAUCACAUCACCCCCAAGCCGCUCCAAUGGUGGUGAUAAACCUGCUGCAGAGGAUAACAGCUCAGAGACUGUGAAAGAAGAGGAUGGACCGGAGAAGUCAGAAGUGCAGGACGAUGAUCCGUCACCAGUUGACACCUCCGGAAAGCAGGACUCAUCUGAUAAAGCCGCAUGACCAUGAUCCGAGUUUCUAACAAUCUCUAAAUUUCUUUCUGCCCUUUUUGUGAAUUUUUUGGAAGAAGGGCUUGGACAUUUUCUAUCUUUUUCUUUUUGGAUUUUUAAGACAGCCAUGGCUGAAACAAAAUAGGAAUUGAAUAUAUUUUUUUUUAAUUGGUUGAUAAAGUUUGACAUCAAUUAGCCAUUUUCAGAUGCUAACCA